CGGGCUGGGGAGAGGAGAGGAGAGGAGUCGCCACCGUGAUUUCUGCUCGUCCCGCGGGGCGGCAGCGUUUGGCUUAAAAGCCAGAAAUGGCCUUGACGGUGCGUGGGCAGGAGACCGGCGGAGCGAGGAGUGCUGCAAAGCCGCUGCUCUCCGUGUAGUGAUAGCACAUCACAGAACACGCGUGGUUUCGGACGGUGUGAUUUCCUUGUAAAGAGUAACAAGGUUAAGAGAUGAGGAAUUCGAUUCCGUGAUUAAAGCAAAGAGUCCUGCUGAUGGUACUCCAAGAAGACCUGUCUUAUCUGUCAGUGCAAGAAAGAUUAAAGAUAAUGCAGCGGACUGGCAUAAUUUAAUGAUGAAAUGGGAGAGACUGAACGAUACUGGAUUUACUAUAGCAAACAAAAUUGUCAACAUGAAAAUCAGUGAGCAAUUUCAAGAUAACAAAUCAGAGAUAGCAUGUGAUAACAGUGCAACAGAGUCUGAAAAGCCAUCUCCAAAGUACAAUGAAGAGCUGGAUAGCUGCUGUGCAGAAUUACUUGAGACCUUAAAGCAUAUGACAAAAAUCCAACUCAAAAUGGAAAAGCUCUCUUUGACUGCUAAAGGAAUUUGUGACUUGGAAACAUUCCACCAUGGAGCUGGGAGUUGCACAGCACCCCUAUUUCACACAUGGCCCACACCAUACUUCUACGAGGUCUCUCUGAAGCUCUCUGAAAUGUACAACAAGGAGCUACAACUCAAGCAAACAAUUGUACAAGAUAUUGCUCAUUCUGCUGACCAGGAUCUGUUGAUGGUCUAUUUAUCAUCAUGGUUAUACCAGCCUUACAUUGAGAACAGCAGCAAACUACUCUUAGAAGCCAUGCUGUUGGAAACAGGACACAGACAGUGCUAGAACUGCAAAUACUACUGGGCUUAUUUCUGAAGAUACUUGCAUGAAAUUGAAAUGGCAAGUUUGCAAAGCUCACAAAGUAUGUUAAAUUUUUGUAAAACUUAUUAAAAAUAUUUUUCUGUAUUUAUUA